AUGACUACUACGCACCCCCUACUGCACGUGCACAUCCACUACAACGGCCAGAACGGUCAGAUUUUGUCCCACUUUUUGGAGCAGUCUCACAAGUUUGUGAAGAAGGAGCUUACCUACACUUUAUAUGAAGUGGAGGUGGAUCCGUACUGGUCCAGUGUCUUCAAGCAGUGUGCCACCCAGCGCAUAUUCUUGCCCUCGCAAAUGCCAGAUGUCAAGCGUGUCAUCUACUUUGACACUGACAUGUUAGUGCUGCGUGAUGUGGCCCAUAUAUGUACGGUGGUGCUGUGUGGGGUGGUAGGUAUAUGGUAUGAGACAUCUGGCGCUUUCUGUAGCAAGAGUGUUGCAAUGGUGACGGGUAUAUUAUUUUGGCUCACCAAUGUUUUAGAGUACGAGUAG